AUGGCUCUUUCUUCCAAACUCUCAACCCUUUCUCCUUCACCUCUUCUCCCUCACCACGUUCAGAAGAAGAAUCCCUCUUCUUCCUCUCUGAGCUUUGUUCUUUCAUCUUCUUCAAAAAACAAGAACGUGAAGGUUUAUGCUGCAACAAACUCACCCGCAACACUCACUGGUGUUAUCUUUGAACCGUUCGAAGAAGUCAAGAAAGACUACCUUGCUACUCCCAUUGCACCCAACGUUUCUCUGGCCCGCCAGAAUUUCAACAAUGAUUCUGAAGCUGCCAUUAAUGAACAGAUUAAUGUUGAAUACAAUGUUUCCUAUGUGUACCACUCUCUGUUUGCGUAUUUUGACAGAGAUAACAUAGCUUUGAAGGGACUUGCUAAGUUCUUUAAGGAAUCUAGUGAAGAGGAAAGAGAGCAUGCUGAGAAGCUUAUGAAGUAUCAGAAUCUUCGUGGUGGAAGAGUGGUGUUGCAUCCUAUUGUGAGUCCUCCGUCGGAGUUCGAUCACGAAAAGGGUGAUGCAUUGUAUGCUAUGGAAUUGGCACUGUCUUUGGAGAAGUUAGUGAAUGAGAAGCUUCUGGAUCUUCAUGCUGUGGCUGAUAGUAACAAUGAUCCUCAAUUGGCUGAUUUCAUUGAGAGCGAGUUUUUGGAUGAACAGGUUCAAUCAAUUAAGAAGAUUUCUGAGUAUGUGACACAGCUGAGAUUAGUUGGAAAGGGUCAUGGUGUGUGGCACUUUGAUCAAGCUCUUCUUGAAGAUUAA